UGUGCACCUCGGCUUCCGCGGCGUGCUUAGGGGCUAGCCUUCCUGGCGCUAUGAGCUCCUUCCAGGGACAGAUGGUGGAAUAUCCAACCAUCUCUAUUGACCGCUUUGACCGGGAGAACCUGAAAGCCCGCGCCUACUUCCUUUCGCACUGUCACAAGGAUCACAUGAAAGGAUUGAGGGCUCCUUCCAUGAAAAGGAGGCUGGAAUGCAGUUUGAAGGUUUUCCUGUACUGUUCUCCAGUUACCAAGGAGCUGUUGUUAACUAGCCCAAAGUACAAAUUCUGGGAAAAACGAAUUAUAGCAAUUGAAAUUGAAACUCCUACCCAGAUAGCUUUAGUUGACGAGGCAUCAGGUGAGAAGGAAGAGGUUGUUGUGACUCUCUUACCAGCUGGUCACUGCCCAGGAUCAGUUAUGUUUUUAUUUCAGGGCAGUAAUGGAACCGUCUUAUACACAGGAGACUUCAGACUGGCAAAAGGAGAAGCUUCUAGAAUGGAGCUUCUGCACUCUGGGGGCAGAGUAAAAGACAUCCAAAGUGUAUAUUUAGACACCACAUUCUGUGACCCAAGGUUUUAUCAAAUUCCAAGUCGUGAGGAGUGCUUAAGGGGAAUUUUGGAGCUGGUUCGGAGCUGGAUCACUAGGAGUCCACACCACGCUGUAUGGCUGAACUGUAAAGCAGCUUAUGGCUAUGAGUAUUUGUUCACCAACCUGAGUGAGGAGCUGGGAGUCCAGGUUCAUGUGGACAAGAUGGAUAUGUUUAGAAACAUGCCUGAUAUCCUCCAUCACCUCACCACGGACCGAAACACCCAAAUCCAUGCCUGCCGCCACCCAAAGGCAGAAGAGUAUUUUCACUGGAAUAAAUUACCCUGUGGGAUUACUUCCAAAAACAAAACUGUGCUCCAUACAAUCAGCAUCAAACCAUCCACCAUGUGGUUCGGAGAGAGAACCAGAAAAACCAACGUGAUAGUGAGGACAGGAGAGAGCUCAUACAGAGCUUGCUUUUCUUUUCACUCCUCCUACAGUGAGAUUAAAGAUUUUUUGAGUUACAUCUGUCCAGUGAAUGCCUAUCCAAAUGUCAUUCCAGUAGGCCUCACCGUGGAUAAGGUCAUGGACGUUUUAAAGCCUCUGUGCCGAUCUUCCCGAAGUGCCGAACCAAAGUACAAACCACUUGGAAAACUGAAGAGAACCAGAACAAUCUAUGUAGACUCAGAGGAGGAAGAUGAUCUCUUUGAUGACCCUCUACCAAUACCGUUAAGGCACAAAGUUCCGUACCAGCUAACUCUACAUCCUGAGGUAUUUCCAGUGAAGGCAUUGCCACAAGACCAGUCUGAACUGAGACAAAGCCCUGGGUACUACAAAGCAGAUAGUAUGCAGAAGGCUUCUCUGGCCAACUUCAUAGACUGUGAAGAAUCUAACAGUGACACUGAAGAAGAGUUAGAAGCCCCACCUUCACUACAGGGAGGUCUGGGCCCUGUGAUAGUCCCCCAGCAAAAUGCUGAUGCAGACACACCACAGUGGGAAGUGUUCUUCAAAAGAAAAGAUGAUGUCACAGAUGAAUGUUUGGAAAAUUUACCUUCCUCCAUAGAGACGGGGGAAUCUCAGUCACCAAGGCUUCUCACUGACUCUGAUGGAGAAUCCACUCACAUCUCUUCCCAGAAUUCAUCUCAGUCAACACACAUAACAGAUCAAGGAAGUCAAGGCUGGGACAGCCAGGGUGAUACUAUUUUGUUAUCUUCCCAAGAGAGAAGUGCUGGGGAUAGCACAUCUUUGAACAGAGAUGCCUACACACCAAAAAGCAGAGAGAAUAUUUCUGCCUCUCAAAUGGAACAGAAUGCACAUGGUCCACAGGAUUCUUACUGUGAUUCGAAAAGCAGAGAUGAGGGAAAUGGAGGUCCUCACAUUGGAGAACCAGAUACUGUGAGUGGCAAGAAAUCCCCACCUGAGAAAACAUUACUAACCAGCACACAUGCGGAUUCACAGAGCUCCUCCGAUUUUGAAAUCCCCUCAACUCCAGAGGCUGAGCUUCCUAAACCAGAGCAUUUACAGUAUUUAUAUGGAAAACUGGCAACAGGUGAGAGUAUAGUUGUCGAGAAAAGAAAUGCUCACUCUUAGAUAUUUAAGAAUUAAAACCCUAAUUCUAGCAAGGAUGUCCAAUCUUUUGAUGUUGCAACACAAUGUCAUACACAAAUUUCUGGGCAACACUCAUAGCUGUGGAUGUAUAUGGCCUGCAGGUUAGACACACCUAUUAGAGCAACCACUAAAAAACCUACACAAAGCAAUACACUGGAUCAAAAUGGAAUACUAAAGUAUGCUCAAAUGACAGGGUCAAAACCAGUGUUGCAUGAGAUUGUAGAACUAAAUCUAAACACAUUAAUCCUCACAAUAAAUGCAAGUGAUGUAAAGAGAUUCAUAAAAACACAGACUCAAGGAAAAACAUAAGUCAACUAUGCUGUUUACAGAAAGCGCAAUUCAAGUUAAAAGUAAAAGGACAAUGUAAGUAUGUUCAAGAAAGCCAGAGAGACUAUAAUAAGAGCAGAUACUGUCAUAGACAAAAUGCCUAACUCACCAAAACAAUGGAAUGGUAGAGCUCUUGCCUAGCAUGUAUGAAGUCCAGUACUGCUCUCCAGAAAAGAGACCAGAUAAUACACAAAUACAAAAACUGAUCACCACCAGAUAAACUAGAUAACUAGAUCUGAUAAACUUUUACUUCACAGCAGAAUACAUCUCUUCAAGUAUAUGCAGACUAUUCCACAAUAUCCACUGUAUCCUAAAUCAUGGAUACAAUGAAGCAGUCUAGAAGAAAAGGCAGUCCUAUUAAAGUAAAUUGAUAGCAGAGGCAGGCUGGAGAGAUGGCUCAGCAAAACACUUGCUAUUUUGUAGAGGAUCCAAGUUUGAUUUCUAACACCUACAUGGUGGCUCAAAAUUGUAACUCUAUUCUGGAGGAUCCAGGCACACAUGUGGUGUGUGUACAUACAGGCAGGCAAAACACACAUAAAAUAAAAAUCUUACAAAUCACCAGUGAGCUAAGCAAGGCUGUGUUCUAACUGUUCUGGAGGCUGAGACAAGAGGGACUUAAGUUGGCAGUCAAGCCUGGGCAACUUAGCAAGAACUGUUUUAGUAAGUACAAAAGUCACCAAUACAAUGGUACAACUGAAACUACAACGUAAAGGAAAACACUUAGAAUGACUAACAUAUAUAUGCUCUGUGAAUUGUGAAACUGCCUUAAAGUACAAUGCUUUUGUAUUGAUGUAUAUGAAUUUAAUAAAUCUUUAUAAACGUC